AUGGGAAACUGCAACUUUGUUUUCACUGCUUCUUGGAGAUCUUUCCUGCUCUGGGAGAUUAAUUUCAUCGUCUAUUUCUCAUUCUACAUGUAUUUUGAAUUGGGUCUGCCAAUGCCAUUGCUGGUCAAAGCUUCACUCUUGCUGCAGAAUGUAGUGCCAGUUCUUUGCACAGAUCUAGAAGGGAACUUAUCAGAAGACGGCAAUUGUUAUUGGCGCAGCUAUUCUACUUGCUCUAUUUCUUGUUUGGAAUGCUAUCGUUCUUCGAACCACCACAGCUCCUGGUAUGGGAUCGGUAUUGGUGCUGUUUGGAGUUCUUCCAGCUGCAAUGUCCUGGAAAGAAAGGUAUUCAGAAUCAUCUCAGUUUCUAAAUAUUCCCCUACUGGUUUCUGGAGGAAGAAUCACCCUCUCACUUGUGAUUGGAGGUGCAAGGCUCGUUUAUUUCUGAAAUAA